AUGGAAACACAUCUCCCUCUCCCUCCCUUCAUUGCGUUUUGGAUCCUGUUAACUGAUCGUCUUUUUGUGCUCCAGCCGAAGCCUCUGCAGGAGUUGAGCGGCCAGACCUGCCAUAUAUGCGGCGAUGAGAUAGAGAUUGGGAGCGACGGGGAGCCCUUCGUUGCCUGCAACGAGUGCGCCUUCCCUGUCUGUAGACCGUGCUAUGAGUACGAGAGGAGGGAGGGAAACCAGGUCUGCCCGCAGUGCAGAACCAGAUAUAAGCGCCACAAAGGUAGAUUUCUUUGUCCUCCGUAGGAAUGGUCCCCCAGUGAGCGAGAGAACUGAAGCCUAAUUUCCAAAUUAUGUGUCUAUUCCUCCUAAAUCACACGGGUUUUCUUGCUGGAUGCUCUCCAGGUAGCCCUAGAGUAGAGGGGGACGAGGAAGAAGACGGCGCCGAUGAUCUGGAUAAUGAGUUCAAUGUCAAUGGAGACGGGCGGGAGAUGCUCCAGUUCAAACUAUGGACGGAAGGUCAUCACCGAGAGACAGAGGACGCGAGCUUGGAUCGGGAUGCGGCUCCUUGUGGAAGCAUACCGCUGCUCACCUACUAUGAAGGGGUAAUCCAUGUAGAAUCUUGGAAUAUGAUAUUGGUUCCUUAGGCGAUUCUUCAUCUUCGUCAUCAUAGUUCCUUCUCUCCCUCUCUCCCUCUCUCUCCUGCUAGGACGCAAUCCCUUUGUCUAACAGCCGCGCUCUCAUUACCCCUUCGUUCAUGGAGAGCAGACGUCAGCUCUUCCCCCCCUCUUCGCCCGAUUCCUCUCUCUCCUGUGAGUAAUGUGGCUUGAAUGCUUUCUUCUAUAAUCCUGAUACCUACAUUUAUUUUCUGGUGACUGUAAUAUUGUUUCUUGAGCAGGCCGACCUAGGACAAUGGACCCAGAUAAAGAUAUCGGAGCAUAUGGCUAUGGCAGUGUCGCCUGGAAGGAUCGAAUGGAGAAGUGGAGAAUCAGCAAGCAGGAUAAGCUUCAAAUCGUCAAGAUGGACGGAAGAAAUCCAGACGGAGAUGAACCAGAUGAUUCUGAUCUUCCCGUGUAAGCUGCCCACCAUCAAUUCCCUCUCCUCUCCAACCUCGUGGUUUGCAUGGCUGUUGACGAGUCUUCCCCUUCGCUACUUCAGAACGGACGAAGGUAGGCAGCCGCUGUGGAGGAAACUGUCGAUUCCAUCCCGGAAGAUAAGCCCGUACAGGCUAAUUAUCGUGCUGCGGCUCGUGAUCUUGGGCUUCUUCUUCCACUACAGGCUGAUGCAUCCAGUCUCAGAUGCCUAUGGACUGUGGUUGACGUCAGUUAUUUGCGAAAUAUGGUUCGCAAUCUCAUGGAUUUUGGAUCAGUUUCCAAAAUGGCAGCCGAUAGAGAGGGAAACCUACCUGGAUCGUCUGUCUCUGAGGUAUAGAAGACUAAACCAAAAGUCAAACAGUAUCUGCUUAGGGAUUCUUCCUUAGGGUCUGAACUUGUGAUCUUCUCUUAUGCCCGCCUUCCCCAGGUAUGAGAAAGAAGGUAAAGCUUCCGGUCUGGCUGGCAUCGAUGUCUUUGUGAGCACGGUCGAUCCUCUGAAGGAGCCUCCUCUCAUCACCGCCAACACAGUCUUGUCAAUCCUCGCGGUUGACUAUCCAGCAGACAAAGUUUCUUGCUAUGUCUCCGAUGAUGGAGCCGCCAUGCUCACCUUCGAGGCGCUCUCUGAAACCUCUGAGUUUGCGAGAAAAUGGGUCCCAUUCUGCAGGAAAUUCUCCAUCGAGCCUCGGGCCCCCGAGUGGUACUUUGCCCAGAAGAUUGACUAUCUUAGAGAUAAAGUUCAUCCCGAGUUCGUGAGGGAACGCCGUGCAAUGAAGGUCAAUAUAUGUAAAUAUAUGCGCAUAUCUUUCUAAUGAGUGACUGCUUGAUAGUUUACGAUGAUUAUUGGCUCUAAAGCAUGGAUCUAACUUUGGAAAUGCAGAGGGAGUAUGAAGAAUUCAAAGUCCGCAUCAAUGCGUUGGUUGCCAGGUCGCAGAAGGUGCCAGAAGAAGGGUGGACCAUGCAGGACGGAACUCCGUGGCCUGGGAACAGUGUCCGUGAUCAUCCGGGAAUGAUCCAGGUGGGCUGCCGUCAUGCUUUCAGAAUCUGUUCAUCCUCUCGAUUCUGUGCCCGCGGGUGCCUUCGGGAGAGAAAAGAACUUUUUCUGUGAAUUUCUGUGCGAUAUUGCUCGCCUCAAAUGAGAGCUUAUCGUCUUGGUUUGCUCUUUUGAUCUUGAAAACUUAACCUCUUAAUGCGCUAAACAGGUUUUCCUGGGUCGUGAUGGUGCCUGUGACAUGGACAGUGACAAGCUUCCAUCUUUGAUCUAUGUUUCUCGCGAGAAACGACCAGGCUUUGAUCAUCACAAAAAGGCUGGCGCCAUGAACGCUCUGGUACGACUCUCUCUCUCUCUCUCGCUGCUUGCACGCAUGUGUGUGUGAAUGUGAUGCGGAGUUUCUUCGAGUGAUAUCAGGUGCGUGUGUCAGCUGUCCUCUCCAACUCUCCUUACAUCCUGAACGUCGACUGCGACCACUAUAUCAAUAACAGCAAGGCGCUCAGGGAAGCCAUGUGUUUCAUGAUGGAUCCUAUUUCGGGGAGCAAAAUCUGCUACGUCCAGUUUCCUCAAAGAUUCGAGGGGAUUGACCUGCACGACAGAUACUCGAAUCGCAACGUCGUGUUCUUCGAUGUGCGUGAUAAAUAUCAAGUAGUCCAGCUUCAUUCGCUUUGGUGUCGUCACAUCUCGGCUCUUGGUUCUGACUAUUGUCCUUGUGAUUAAACAGAUUAAUAUGAAGGGUCUCGAUGGGAUCCAAGGGCCGAUAUACGUGGGGACGGGGUGCGUCUUCCGGCGUCGGGCUUUGUAUGGGUGCGAUGCUCCCGUGAAGAAGAAGGCCCCCGGCAAGACCUGCAACUGCUGGCCCAAGUGGUGCUGCCUGUGCUGCGGGCUUAGGAGCAAGAAGAGGAGGAGAAAUCUGCGCCAGAAGUUCUCCAAGCUCAAGGACUCCUCAAAGCAGGUCCAUGCCCUCGAGGCCAUCGAAGAGGGGGAUGAAGCCAGUGAGUUGCCUCGUCUCCUAGUCUCCGAGUUUCCCGCCAUUUUCAGCAAUCUUUCUAACUACUGUCGGUCGUCAUCCUCAGCACCUGAGAAGAAACUCGAGAAGAGAUUUGGGCAGUCCCCCGUCUUUGUGGCUUCCACUCUAUGCGAGGAAGGUGGGAUCGUCCAGAGCACGGAUUCGGCUUCGUUCUUGAAUGAAGCGCUGCAUGUGAUCAGCUGCGGCUACGAAGAUAAGACCGAGUGGGGAAAGGAGGUAUGUUUAGAUGCCAUCAACGUGUGAUUUAAUUGUUGGGUUCGACGGGAUUCUGGUGAUGAAUCUUCUCUGUCUCCUCCGGGUUUCUUCAGGUGGGUUGGAUAUAUGGGUCGGUGACAGAGGACAUCUUGACGGGCUUCAAGAUGCACUGCCAUGGCUGGCGAUCAGUUUACUGCAUGCCCAAGAGGCCGGCAUUCAAAGGGUCGGCGCCGAUCAAUCUCUCGGACCGGCUCCACCAGGUUCUCCGAUGGGCUCUCGGGUCUGUGGAGAUUUUCUUGAGCAGACACUGCCCGAUUUGGUACGGCUACGGCUGCGGGCUGAAGCCGUUGGAGCGGUUCUCCUACAUAAACUCGGUUAUAUAUCCCUGGACGUCCAUUCCCUUGGUUAUCUACUGCACCUUGCCGGCGUUUUGCCUCCUCACCGGAAAAUUCAUCAUCCCGGAGGUACAGAAACUCUUAUCUUUUUCUCUGGUUAUCUCAUCGAACUGUGGACUCUUUUACAGAGCCGAUUUUCUCCUACAUCGGGUCGGUGCCUUAUAAUCGUUCUGAGAUCCCGUCUUCUUUCUCGCAGAUCAGCAAUUAUGCGAGCAUCGUCUUCAUGUGUCUCUUCCUCUCCAUAGCUGCGACCGGUAUCCUCGAAAUGCAGUGGGGAGGGGUCAACAUAGACGACUGGUGGAGGAACGAGCAGUUCUGGGUGAUCGGGGGUGUCUCCUCGCACCUCUUCGCGCUCUUCCAGGGCCUCCUGAAAGUCCUCGGCGGAGUCGAGACGAACUUCACGGUCACAUCGAAAGGCGGAGACGACGGCGGGUUCUCGGAGCUCUAUCUCUUCAAGUGGACCUCGCUGUUGAUCCCGCCCACAACGCUGCUCAUAGUUAACCUAAUCGGGGUGGCGGCUGGUGUCGCGAAUGCCAUCAACAACGGCUACGAGUCUUGGGGUCCGCUGUUCGGUAAGCUCUUUUUUGCCUUCUGGGUCAUCGUCCACCUCUACCCGUUCCUCAAGGGGAUGAUGGGGAGGCAGGACCGAGCCCCCACCAUCGUCGUCGUGUGGUCGAUUAUCCUGGCUUCCCUCUGCUCUCUUCUAUGGGUACGAGUCAACCCGUUCCUCCCGAAAUCAGAGGGACCGGUUUUGGAGAUCUGUGGUUUGGAUUGCGACUGA